AUGACUACACUCCCAUCCUACAUCCCAUCCUGGCUCAGGAACUCCCACAAUGACGAGCAUAUCAACCGUGUCCUCCAUAUCCUCGCAGAGAGAGAGAGCAUCCGAGUUCGCGCUCGCGCAGAUUCUGAGAGACGCUCUAACGCAUCCCUAGCGCACCGUAUCGCUCGCCUUCCGUCGAUCCUUUCCCCUAAAGUCCAGCUUGCCGACCACUACUCCGUCGCCGUAGCGGCUCAGUCAGAAAACGUACCGUAUAAUCGCUACCGCGAUAUCAAGCCAUACGACCGCACGCGAGUCAUUGUAGGAGAUCGCUACUUCAAUGGCAGCUGGGUUCGAGAGACUGCAGGUGGAAGCUGGUUCAUAGCGACGCAGGCGCCUCUUCCUUCGACCACCCAUGACUUCCUUAGUAUCCUCGCAAAGCCCACAGUGAAGCCUCCGGAUGGGCGCUAUCCCCUCCCUACGCGUGUGCGUACUGUCGUUCAGCUUACCCCAAACAUCGAGUCUGGGAUCCAGAAGGCACACGUCUACUUCCCUUCUCAUCCCGGUCAGUCCUGGGUAGCUCUUCCGAACUCCCUGCACGACGAUCUCCCAUCGAUCAAGGUCACCCUCGUCAACUCCAUAACCGACGAUCAUGCCCAGUGCAUCGUGAGCACCGUCUCCGUCAUGUUCAUCGAUCGUGGUGUCAUGCAGCCUCCGGCGACGUUCAAGCAUCUCAUGUAUACAUCCUGGCCUGACCAUGGUGUCCCCGAGCCAAGGGACCGAGCCAAGUUGCUCAACUUCAUCAAGCUCGCUCACCAGGUGAAUAUGGAUACCACUAGCUACCCAGGUGAAACGGACUUCAUUGCCGAUUCACCAAUUGUUGUCCACUGCUCAGCUGGGGUUGGUCGUACAGGCGCAUUCAUCGCCCUCACCUCACUCCUUCACGCACACGAUCUCCUUCCUGCUCAGCCUGCGGGACUCGCUGGACACCGAGCUCCUCCCCCGCCUCUCCCAAUACCGCUCUUCGGACCACUACCAGAGUCUGUAGCCUGGGAUCUGGUAGCUCAGGAGGUUGAUCAGCUGAGAGAGCAAAGGCCGGGCAUGGUACAGCGACAUGAGCAAGCUUUGCUCAUAUAUGACGUGCUUAUUCUUGCUUUCGUCACUCGGGGGCGGGUUUGAAGUCAGACAGAUCUUCUUGUAGGUUAGUAUCGACCAUCGAACGUUUUCAGUCACCACGGACAAGUAUCUCUCCUCUGUACCCGGCAGAUAAGCGGCGCACGACAAGCCCGUAAAUAUGUAGCGUGGUUUCCGAGCAUAAUGAUUUGUUCUUCACGAAGUGAAUGAUAGCAUUCACACUUUCUCUCCCC